GGAGCCGAAGAUGUCGGCUCGGUCAUGUGAUCAGCUGUGUCCAAUCACAGCUGAUCACAUCGAACAUGUACACUGAUCAUCAGGGCACUGAUGAUCAGUGUGCCCUGAUGAUCAGUGUGGCCCCAGAAGUGCCACCUGUCAGUGUCCAUCAGUGCCACGUGCCCAUCAGUGCCACAUCAAUGCCACAUAUCAGUGCAUACCAGUGCACAUCAAUGCCACAUAUCAGUGCCCAUCUGAGCUGCCUUUCAAUGUCACCCAUCAGUGCCAGUCAGUGCCACCUAUCAAUGCCAAUCAGUGCCACCCAUCAGUGCUGCCAAUCAGUGCCACCUAUCAGUCAGUGACCAAGUCAGUG